AUCCUAUCUGCGAAGCAAAGGCCACAGACGAAUCACAGGCAUCUAAGGUCAUGAUUUGAUAAACAUCGUACACGCUGAGAAAACUCAAAAGACCGUUUUUGGUUUUUGGCGCUGAGAUAACUCAAAGGGAAAAACCACACAGAGGGACGUAUCAACAUACACAGGACGGCGAAAAUGGGUCUCUUCUGGUUUCCUUGCCUCUGGCUGGCCACAAUGGCAGCCAUAAUAACUCAAUCUGAGAGUGUGACAAAUACAACUGCACCAGGGGUGUCAUCUACCUCCCCCACCCUGGGGAACCCAACACAGGAGUCCCCAACACAGGAGAAUCAGGUUGAAAAACUACCCACUCUGCCUCAACUAACUGAAGAGCAGAUCAAACAAAUGAUCAUCGAAAAGAACGAUAUUUUGGGCGACCCGCCUAUCUACAUCACCCUGCCCAUCCUCCUAGUGCUGGUGGUGUAUGUGCCCGUCUUCUCCGUGCUGAUUAUGUGCGAGAUCCGCGUGCAGAGAGCCAUGAGGGUCCACCCGUCUGCACAGCAGUGGGGGAAGACUCUGGGCGUGCCGACACCGGACUGGAACGACAGGGCCCAGUGGGGCAGAAUGGCUCCCGUCCCGGACUGGAACACCAUAGAUAUCUACUGAGCGGUUCCGCUGGAAAAUGACGUCAUGACCCGGAGCGCACGCUGAUUGGCUAAAGAUUGACUGAAGAAAUGUUACUAGAUCUAGUUACCUUUCCUACUGACUGAAAUCCGUAUUUGUCUCAGCACUUCGACAGAACGUAUCAUACAUGUAGAAAGUCAUGUUUGUGCAUAUAAGGACGAUAUCCCGUCUAUAGUUGACAGAUGCUCUGUCAAAAUGUGUUGUGCAACUUUACAACUGACUUGUGCAUUAGGUAGGGACAGAUAUUUUCAGAUUAUUAUUCAAAUUAAAGUUAAAGUCCAUUGGGAAAAGAUAUAAAAGCAACAUCAUACUUUACUGUUAUGAUCUGCGACUUUAACUAGUAACAAAUAUUAAUGUCUGUAAAUAUGUACAAUAGGCCAACCGCAUAAAUGUGUCCUAAUUGUCUUUUGAAUAUUAGAUGCUGCUACAAUUGUUGCGUUUAGUGGAUAACAUAUUAGUAUAUACUGAUUAUGGUAACAUUUCAUGUAAUAAUGCUAUUCAUCACAUCAGAAACAGAUUGCAACAAAGGGUAUAUCAUUGUUAAGCAAAGACUGAACGGACCUAGUCAAUCAUUAAAGAUGGCCUCUUGUAAUCGUUGGCUAUUCUUUUUUAUGUUUGGGCACGAUGACUGACCUUAUUCAUAUGAAAUAUACAUCAUAUUUGUC